GCCGGAAGUCGCUGCCGCAGUGGCCCUCGGCGGGAGAUGGCGUCGGGAGGCUCCCCCGUGGACCGGCUGCCUCCGCCCUUCCCCGCGGGGGAGGCUGUCGGCGGCGCCCGCCUCCCCGGGGACAGCGACUCGGACGGCGAGGACAUCUUCACCGGCAGCGCCAAUAAGCCGGUGUCUCCGAAGAAGGAAUCCCCUGUACUGGUACGAAGCAGCACCAAAACCAACGGAAUUCAAGAGGAGCAGGAUGAUCAGGACAUAUUUGCAGAUGCCACUGUAGAAUUGUCCCUGGAUGGCACACAAAACAGCCAGAAGAAAGAGGCACCAACUGUGUUCAGUCCUGUCCCUUCUAUAGAAAAAACAGCAAAUUCCUCUUCUAAGCAUCAGUCCAAAACCUAUGAGGAGUUUGAAGAAGAAGAAGAAGAACAGGAAGACCUGUUUGAACUCUCAGUGGAAGUGAGUGAUCCCGAGAAAAUUGGAGAUGGAAUGAAUGCCUAUGUAGCCUACAAGGUGUCAACCCAGACCACAUUGCCAAUGUUCAAAAAUAGGCAGUUCUCAGUGAAGAGGAGGUUCAGUGACUUCUUGGGCCUGUACGAGAAGCUGUCAGAGAAGCAUGCACAAAACGGAUUCAUUGUCCCCCCACCUCCUGAGAAGAGCUUAAUAGGAAUGACCAAAGUAAAAGUUGGGAAAGAAGAUUCCUCCUCUACAGAAUUUCUAGAAAAACGGCGAGCUGCCUUAGAAAGGUAUCUUCGAAGAACAGUAAACCACCCAACCAUGUUGCAGGACCCAGAUGUCAGGGAGUUCUUGGAAAAAGAUGAGCUGCCGCGAGCUGUUGGGACGCAAACGCUCAGUGGAGCCGGUCUCCUUAAGAUGUUCAACAAAGCCACUGAUGCAGUCAGCAAAAUGACCAUCAAGAUGAAUGAGUCCGACAUAUGGUUUGAAGAGAAGCUUCAGGAGGUGGAGUAUGAAGAGCAACGCCUGCGGAAGCUACACGCUGUUGUGGAAAUGCUAGUAAAUCACAGGAAAGAACUAUCGCUGAAUACGGCCCAGUUCGCCAAGAGUCUGGCCAUGCUGGGGAGCUCGGAGGACAACACCGCCCUGUCUCGGGCACUCUCUCAGCUGGCGGAGGUGGAGGAGAAGAUCGAGCAGCUGCACCAGGAACAGGCCAACUACGACUUCUUUCUCCUGGCCGAGCUCCUCAGUGACUACAUUCGCCUGCUUUCUGUCGUAAGGGGUGCCUUCGACCAGCGAAUGAAGACCUGGCAGCGCUGGCAGGAUGCGCAGAUCAUGCUGCAGAAGAAACGCGAAACGGAGGCCAGGCUGCUGUGGGCCAACAAACCCGACAAGCUCCAGCAAGCCAAAGACGAGAUCUCGGAGUGGGAAUCCCGUGUGACACAGUACGAGCGGGACUUUGAACGGGUAUCUGCCGUCCUCCGCAAAGAGGUGCUGCGCUUCGAGAAAGAGAAAACAAAAGAUUUCAGGACCCAUUUGACCAAAUACCUGGAAACCCUUCUACAUUCACAACAGCAGCUUGUGAAAUACUGGGAAGCAUUCCUACCGGAGGCAAAAGCCAUCUCCUAACAAGGCCAAGCGAGCUCCCGUCCCUGGACUGACUCUGCCUUUACUACGUUACACCUCUUGGCCUUUCGGACAGAUCCUGCAGAGCUGAUGAGGCUCCUCCCCAAAGGAGCAAUGUCCCCAACUAGUAACUCUUCUAACUGUAUAUUUUUUUCAUUUAGGUUCAUAUACACAUAUAUAUUUUCCUACUGAAGAGAAACUAGUUUCCUGCUUUUGCCGAGACCCACAAUAGAUAGCUGAAUGUGGGCAGGGGUUAAUGCGCACUCUUUGGACUUUGGUAUCGGACUAGGAACGCUUCCUGACUCUUCCAGCGCAAUGACAAAUAUGUAAUAAAACUUUAAAAAGCAAA